AUGACACAAGGAACCUUCAAAGAUAUCUCCCCGAAUGCAGGCGCAACAUUAGAUGACGAGACGUCCCACACUAGCGACCUCUUCUCCUUCCAUGGCUUCCAAUCCUACCACGACUGCUCCGGUCAAGCGGGCUUGCGACAGAACUGCGUCUCUGCCGGCCUUGCAUGCACAUACAAUGCCAUCCCCCAGAAGAAGGGCCCCAAGGGCAGCCGUGCCAAAGUCCUGUCUGAACUUCGCGAAACACAACGCAACGCCCAGCUAGCCGCCGGCUUCCCUACCGACCUUGGAUACGACGGACGCUCCUUGCCCUCGACCUUUGCUCGCACUCAGGGCCUCCUGCCUCCCGCCCUGGUCGAGAGCUGCAUUGAGUACUUUUUCAACAAUGUCUACCCCACAGAGCCCGUCCUACACCGCCAAAGAGCUCAGGAAGCCGCUGUUGGCAUGGACCGCUCGACCGAGGCAUACUGCAUGAUUGUCGCCCUCUGCGCCUACGUUAUGAUUCAGGGCAACCACAAACCCCACGUAAAUGUGCUCCCCCGCCAGGAAAUGGCUCACAUGUCGAACGUGGGCAUCGGCCAUGUUUUGCUCGAGGAGUCCGUCCGCGUACGACAAGGCUACGACCACCGCGAGAACCCCACUCACAUGAGUGUGCUGACCUCGUAUUUUUAUCACGGCUGCUACUUUGGACUGGCGCGCGAAAACACGGCAUGGACCUAUCUUCGCGAAGCUACCACACAAGCACAAUUGCUAGGCAUGCAUGACGAGGAGACGUACAAACACGACCCGCUCGAUGUAUCACGAAAACGAGUCCUCUACUGGCUACUCUUCAUAGCCGAAAGAACUUACGCCCUGCACAAACGGCGCCCCAUUACCCUGCAUCCAACCAUCCACACACCAUCUCUAGACGAGGUUCCCUCGGACCGGCCCAUUGCCGUUGGCCUUGAGCUCAUGAUUAACAUGUUCAAAAUUAUCGACGACAAUUUCAUCAACCUUUGGAACAGAGUGCACAACACACAUGCAAGCGCGGCAUGGAUUGCGCAGGUCCAAACGCAGCUCUCAGAAGCCGUCCCAGCCUACUUCGAGUGCACCGAAGCGCAGGAAGUCCAGAUUCGCAUAACUCAACAUUGGCUAAGGUCGCAGGCAUGGCAGCUUAGCGUCAGCCAGGGCCUUGUCAGCAGCGUCACCAACGACCCUCCGCUUACUUUCAAAUACCCAAUCGAGAUAUCACGAGACCUCCUCACCACCUCACACCAAUUUUCCCAACAAGCCAUGGAAGUGCACGGGGUCGGCCUGAUCGAAAAGUUGUUCGACAUAGCUUGUUGUCUAACGGAUGUCGUCGCUUGCACAACCUUUUCGCCCGAUCAAUUCGCCUUGGGUCCCCGCGACUACGUAUCGCGCUUCCUCACCCUCAUAUCGACACUUCGCGGCGGACAGUCGAGAUAUCUUCCCCUGCUUCUGUCCAAGCUCAACGAAGUGUUGCCAAAUCUUCCGCUUCCCCGAUCACUGAACCUCCCCCAGACGGUUUCCGCAUCGACGCUCGGCCUUAAUGCUAGUGGUUCGGGGACGCUCCCCUCGAAUGUCGCCGACGAUUUCUCGGCAAGUCCCGCUUCCAGUUCACCCUCGUAUCCCUCAAACGACCUGAUUCGCCGAAUUGCUGCCCAUACUGGCGCCCAACUUCCUUUCAAUACGACUCAGCAAUCCAUGAUCUCCGCACCUACCACCCACGUAGGAGAUCUAUCCCUGUAUGACACUUCACAACAAAGCACAACGCACUCUUCUAGCUCUGGUCCUAGAAGCAACUCAACAACUCCCGGUCCUUACGAGACACCCUUGUCGCAGUCACGGUCGCAAAUAGUAGGACACUCGGCUAUGCAACUUCCCACCUCACAUGGUCACAUGCAGAGUCACCACAUGGGCGUGAACGCAACGGCAUACGACCCAAGAUUUUCUAUUCAAAAUUACCCCGUAGAUCCGAUGAUGUACAAGCACUAGAGUUUGGUUACAAAGAGCGGGGACACGUAUUUUUACACAUGGCGCAGAGUUUUUUCCCGGUCCUGGUAGUGGGCCUUUCUAGAAAGUUGGUAGCAAGGGUAUAGUUUUUCGACCAUUGAACAAGUUCAUCAUCCGUAUCGAAGAAAAGCAUCCAGAAGCAUCAAAGUGACUAAAAUGUCAACGGGAGCACGUUGAACGGUCGAACAUGGACGACGUUCAACAGCCCCUGUCACAACUACCCGAAUGCGUCAGUUGUCAGGGUCCAGUAUUGGAAGGGAGCGAGUCAUGUCGGCGCACCGUUCUAAAAGCAGCGAAGGAAAAUCUUCCGGUAGUUCCUCCGGUGGCAUGGACUAGAAGAUGUCGUUGCACGUGCGGGAGGGAGCUUAUGCGAAGCACUAAGGAGCCGGGUGGUCAUACGAGGUGGAAGAAGCUAUGUUCCAUGGGUAAAUCGUUGCAUCGGGUUGCCUUUUGCAGGUCAUGUAUCAAGGGCCAUCCAUGUGCCAGAUCACUCUGACCGUGGCACGGGCGUCAUUCUCGAUCUCAAGGAUUACGAAACCAAGCCCAUGCGACAGGCACUGCGUGGUGGGAUUUCUUGGAGGCGACAUGGUUUGAACGGGCGGAACUGGGCGGCUGACAUGUAAAGAUCUGGUUCUGACAGUGCAGGGUUGUAAAUCCGUCACGGCUAAGGGUGCUCCGCGCCCUCGUAAAAGUAAGCGUGGCUUAUGGCCAUGCUAGUUGGCAACAAGUGAUUAAAAGCACGAGGGGGUCGGAGGUAGCCGCCACGAACAUAUAGAGGCAAUGAUCGCGAUCCGAAAGAUCCGAUCCAUAGGACUGGAGCCGCGUUAGUAGAAUACAAUGAAGAUGAU